GAGGGGGUGGAGCGUGGAGGGCCGAGCGUCGGCGGGUGGUUGCCCGUACUAGACCGUUGGGUCGCUUGCGAGAUGCGGAGUCGGACGUCGACGUGCGCAGGACGACAGACGGAGCCGCUUCGGGCAGCGCGCACCGCAACGGUCCAAUUUCAAAAGGAAGGCGGACGUGUUCGUCAUCUUCUGUGGUGGUUGUCCGCAUAUGAAGGUCGAGCGUCCCUGCCGCGGGCAUGUCGGAACACACAUCUGCAGUGGUCACGUGCGAGGGCAGCUGCAGAGGUGAAUUUCAUGGCUGACGUGCGGAGGAGAUUGCCUUUGCUGGUACUCACUGUCGUCGUCUUCCUGAUUGUCGUCUUCCUCUACGUGUGUUUUUCGUGGCGGCCCUGGAAACAACAAUGCAAGAGGAGGGCUUCGACGAGACGGGCGGCAGACGAACGUCUAAUGGCGGGCAUGCAGGCACGACCGGCUGCUGCCGCAGGUCAGGGAGGAGUUCGAUCUGCGGCAGAGCCUCGAAGGCGGUAUGACCCGUCCAUGUACACCCAUCUGGAGUCGUGGGACACGCCAUUGCCCCCGUCGGACGAGGAGCCGGAGAAGGAAGAACUUUCGACGUUGCCUCUCGCUAGCGGCUCGACUCAGUUGUGGUCGCAGACGGUGCGAGCGGGCGGGUCGGCUCCCGACGGAGGGGGCGAGUUCACGUCAUUGCUCCAUCAAGGCUUGCGGGACGACGAUGGCGGAGGAGUUGAUAUGAGGUUCGAGUUGUGUUCUGGCGGCGGAAGGGAGGGGAGUCGCACGUUCAUCAUCGACGGAGAUCGUUCGGCACGUGGCGUUGAGCAUGAUGGAAGUCUGCAUACGGAGCAGUCCACACUUCGUCGCGUUGCACCCAUGACUUGCGCGCUGGCGGAAGAGGACAACGACGAUGAUUUCAUGACGGAGGACGAUCAAGGCGAGGCGAUGGCGUCUGCCGGACGGGAGAGUGCCAGGCAGCGUACUCCGGAUCAGAGCGCUUCAAAGAGGAUGUCAACCCCUCCGCCGGAGGCGCAGCAGCUGCGUGUCCGCKAAACGUGGAAAGAGAAGGGUGUUGUGGUGGACCUUGGCGGCGAAGACGACGAGCCUUUGGAGAGACGUCGCCUGCGCAGUGCGACACAAGCGACCACAGCGGCGGUGUCGACGGCUCGCGCUGCGGACGACGAAAGGCCGAACCAAUCACAGCUCCAGCAAGCGAUCUCCCGUGCGGCGGCGGUGGAGAAUAUAGCUCUGCGCAUCUUGCACGGCUGGGUUUUCAAGUUCGGGAACCGCCCAAGGGGGUACAACCUUGUGUUCCAGUACUCGUUGGAGUCCGUAGCGACGGACAUUGCGUGUGCAAUGUGGUACGGCGAGGAGUGGUGCAACGUCGUCAGCGCGCCGAUCUGCACCCACAUGAUAGAUCUUAACAUGGACCUUCCACUGUGGUAUGCCGGCGCGAAUAUCGAGGAUAGACCUGAGGACGACGACAUGGCUGCGUACCAGGAGUCCAGCGUCAUCAGCAUCGCGCAUUCGUUCCGCGCGGCGGUGCAAAUGGGCGCUCACAUCGACGACGAUUUCAUCUCCUACGAGCGUCUGUGUCGGGUGGCUGACUGCUUCAGGCUGUUGCGGGCGGCGUCCAUGUGGAUUAUGCGCAUGGCGGGAGAUGAUCCGCGCAGUCACUACGAAGCAUUUUACUUCGCGGAUCUCGUCGCCAGGCCGACACUAAUCGCCUCCAUGCAUCGGUCCUUCGAUCAUCGACGAUCCGUCGUCCGCGCCGCGAACGUCGUCACGGAGAGGCUUGGGAAGGCGAAAGUCACGCUCGGAGUGUACCCCGACUACAUCCCUGAUUGGGCACCAUGCGACAUCAGAUUUGCGCACGACGCGACCAUCAAGAGGCCGGAGGAUGCGAACAGGCUGGAUUGGUUGGGUUCGGACCCCGCCGAUGAUGACAUCAAAGGCGAAGGAAAAGACGAUGCAUAAGGCAGGCUGGUAUGGGGGGGGAGAGCGGGGAGACAACGCUUCUAAGAACGAAGGCGCAUGUACGCGUGGCGAGACGUGA